GAGGUCAUUUUUCGUUUUCGCAUUUCGGUUUACCGCACUCGGGCUAGCUGUAGAUCAUGGAAUGAAAGUAGAUCACAUAUGAUGUUAAGAUCGGGAUCAAGAGGGGGGUGAAAAUGCUCUUAUGAAACGAAGGAAGACGAUGUCGCAAAAGCACAACAAUGGAAAUCACAAGAUCGCUAACAAAUGACCGAUUCGACAAUAUUUUAAAGCGUAAUCUAAGCAAUUAAUGAAAAAAUGGGAGCCGAAAAAUAAAAAAAUUAUUGCUGGAAAUAAACGGUGCAUGCUACCAAGACUAUGUACUUCAGAAAGAUGUCCGUCAAUAUAAAACAAGCAAAUACAUGUAGUCAUAUCUACACGUGCCGACGGAAUAGGCAAGUAAAGUCAACGUGGCAUUUCAAAAUAUCACCUUAACAUUACCCUGGUAUUGUUUUUUGGACAUCUCUAAUCCAAAAGUUUCCUAAAAAACGACCCAAAGCCCAAAUUUCCUCUAUCGCAGGUUCAGCUCAAAAGUCUGUGCAUAUGAAUAACCAGCCAAAUAUGUGGUGAAAAGGGAUGCAAAUUCCCGCCACCAGCAUCGCUACUUUUCGCCCAACGUUUAUACACUUUGUGAUGUCUUAAUUAUUACUACUGUGUCGUAUUUCAGUAGGUUGUGCGCACACUUCAAAACGUACACCUUUCCUUUAGCUACUCCUCUGCGGUAUCCUUCGCACUCCAUUCCGGUGGAGGAAAUGAUUGAUCAUGUAAACCUCCUGAAAAAGGACAGUGGUCGCCUGAUGGCGGCCGAAUUUGAAUCCAUCGAUCCGGGCGGCCAGUUUACUUGGGAAGUGUCCAGUCGACCAGAGAAUCGAUCGAAGAAUCGCUACGCCAAUGUGGUGGCCUAUGACCAUUCACGCAUAGUCCUGCAGAAGAUUGACGGCGUACCGGACAGUGACUACAUCAAUGCGAAUUAUUUAGACGGUUACCACAGGAAAAACAUGUACAUUGCCACACAGGUAAGGCCCACAGCGUAAAAUUUUCUCAAGUUCACAUCUGCUAUUUCACUGUGUCUGGUGGUGGCGGCGGCGGUGGCGGUGUUGAUGAUGAUGAUGAUGAGGAUGAUGCUGCUGCUGCUGCUGCUGCUGCUGCUGAUGAUGAUGAUGAUGAUGAUGAUGAUGAUGAUGAUGAUGAUGAUGAUGAUGACGAUGAUGAUGAUGAUGAUGAUGAUGAUGAUGAUGAGGAGGAGGAGGAGGAGGAGGAGGAUGAGGAUGAUGAUGACGAUGAUGAUGAUGAUGAUGAUGAUGAUGAGGAGGAGGAGGAGGAGGA